GUCCUUCCGCUGCUUUCCACCCGGACAGUUUUAGACGUGCCACUCAGCUGUCAAAAGCAGGAAGUAGACGAUGUAAACUCUCUCGUCUUGUUUAUCCGUCACAUUUUCCGUGUUGUAACAUGACAACGUGCUCUUCAUCCCACUGAUUUAUGCCCUUUAAGGCAAACGGCAUGCUAGCAAAAUAUUUAUCCGCGCAAAGGAAAUCCAGACAAACGUGACACUGAUGCUGAUGAUUAGCCCCAGAAUGGCCUCAGGAACGCAAGAGAAACAGUAUACGGCUUCUCUACUUAAUUUCUUCGUUUAUAAUCCAACAUUUGGUCCACGGGAAGGCGAGGAAGAGAAAAAGAUUCUAUUUUAUCACCCCAACGAAGUGGAGACUAACGAGAAGAUACGAAAUGUUGGCCUUUGUGAAGCUAUUGUCCAAUUCACCAGAACAUUCUGCCCGACAAAACCAGCAAAAUCCCUGCAUACGCAGAAAAACCGGCAGUUUUUCUUUGAGCCUGAGGACAAUUUUUGGAUGGUCAUGGUGGUUCGGAACCCAAUGAUCGAAAAACCAAACAAAGAUGGAAAACCACCCACCAUAGAAUAUCAGGAGGAGGAAAUACUUGACACAGUUUAUGGAGCAGUGGUAAAGCAGUGCUACAGUAUGUAUAAGCUUUUCAAUGGUACCUUUGGUAGAGCCAUGGAGGCAGGCGGAGUAGAGUUGCUAACUCAGAAGCUUGAAAAAUUCUUUUACAGGUAUCUACAGACUCUCCACUUGCAGUCAUGUGACCUCCUGGACGUAUUUGGAGGCAUCAGCUUCUUUCCUCUAGACAAGAUGACAUACCUGAAGAUCCAGUCGUUCGUCAACCGCGUGGAGGAGAGUCUCAGCCUCGUCAAAUACACAGCAUUCCUCUAUAACGAUCAGCUCAUUUGGAGCGGUCUAGAACAAGAUGAUAUGAGGAUCCUGUACAAGUACCUGACCACAUCGCUGUUCCCAAGGCACUCUGAGCCUGAGUUGGCCGGUAGGGACUCUCCUCUGAGGCCAGAGGUUGCAGGCAAUUUGUUGCACUAUGGAAGGUUUUUGACAGGACCAUCCAAUAUUAAAGACCCUGAGGCCAAAUUUCGGUUUCCCAAAAUAUUUGUGAACGCAGAGGACGGCCAUGAGGAGCUGCACCUCAUUGUGUACAAGGCUAUGAGCGCCGCCGCCUGUUUUAUGGUUAAUGCUUCUGUGGAGAUGACAAGGGAGUUCUGUGAGCAGUUGGAUGGCUUGGUGGGACCGCAGCUCACCCUGCUGGCUUCUGAUAUAUGCGAACAGUUCACCAUCAACCGUAGGAUAUCGGGGCCUGACAAGGAGCCUCAGUUUAAGUUCAUCUACUUCAACCACAUGAACCUGGCAGAAAAAAGCACAAUACACAUGAGGAAAACAGCCAGCGUAUGCCUCACGUCUGUCCACCCGGACCUCAUGAAGAUCUUAGGGGACAUCAACUGUGACUUCGCCAGAGUUGAUGAAGAUGAAGAAGUCAUAGUAAAAGCUAUGACAGACUACUGGGUUGUUGGCAAAAAGUCAGACCAGCGAGAACUGUAUGUCAUCUUAAACCAGAAGAAUGCCAAUUUAAUUGAAGUCAAUGAAGAGGUGAAGAGACUUUGUGCGACGCAAUUCAACAAUAUAUUUUUCCUGGACUGAUGGAAAAUACACAAAGACUCUUGGUCCACACUACAAACUGUCAGUGUUGCAGGGUAUCACGGCAGCAACGUGUAAUGCAAUAGUUGCAUUGUAAAAUUUAAAAAAAAAAGCAAAAACAAAGUUUUCUCAUCAUUUUUAAUUUAACUUUCAAAAUGUGAUUUCUAUUUGUAAUUAAAUGUAUAAAUGUACUUGAUCAGUUUUUUUUCUUCAGUUUUUUCAAGAUAUCACUGCAUCUUCAUUCAACACUUGUUCUCUGUUUGAUAAAGUGGUAUAUGAAUAACUGCUUUUCAAGGUGGCUUUUAUCACAAAAUCAUCGAAAACUGUAGUUUAACAAUGUUACUACAUUUGAAUAAAUUAUGCAAUAUUUUA